GACCUUUUCGCUAACAUUGAUUAGAUCUGACGUCGAGUCAAGUUCCGAGCAAACACGAGGAAAAUGCUGCACUCUGACAGCGCUCAUAAGCUUGAAGUGCUCAAUGGAGUGGGUCGGCGAUAUGAAGACGAUGUGUUGAACUUUGCAACCAUAUCGAUGCACAUACAAAGACGGUCGAGAUCAUCGACAAGCAAGAAACUGGAGGCUGGCACCCAGUAUUGGAGAAGCAGCAGGGGAUCAAGGGCAUCUCCUACAUCAGAGAGGAAGGUAUCUGGUAACCAUGAUGCCGAAGGGAAAGCGAGGGAUGUCGUUCGAUCGAUCGGGAAUGCAGGCCGCAGCUGCAUCAAGCGGAGCAACUGGAGCAAGCUCAACGCUGUACGUGUAUGAAACGCACGACAUCAAUGCCAAUCCACAGGCGAACACGGGGAACCUGCUAAACCUUGCUCUCGGAGACGGAAGUCCAGGAGAGAUUCUGUUCAGAUUGGCACAGCAGUUUCCUGGCAGCCGGUGCUUCGUGUACAGCCUCGAAAGCGAGGAGUUCCAAGGGUGGAAGGAAAUCACCGAGAAGAACGUGAAGAGCCUGGGAGAGAACUUGCGGGUCAGAAACCAGCUCAAAGUGGUGAAGCAGUCCUCGCUGAUGCUGGCAUUUCAUGAAUCUGAGUUUCUGGACAGAUUGGUGUCGACAAUCGUGGAGCGGCUGAAAAAAGGCACUUCCAUCUCCGAAGUCUCGUCGAUGGAAGACGGCGACAUUCAGAUCAUGGACGACGUCAACUUUAACGACAGCGAGAGCUCGCCACACCACCAGCUCUCCGAGGGCGAGCAACUCUGCCUCACUGAUCAAGAGCCCUUCUCCAGCCAAAACUGGGCCAAGGUCAGAGAAAGGGCCCGUGGAGUUCUCCAUCUCCAAUAUCCUUGAUGCAUCUCCACGUGCUGGCUGCCAUAUACAGCUCCAGGCUACUCGAUUUCUCCGUCCAUAUACUCGCGAUUGGAAUUCCGCAUCUCGUUUCGAGGAGGCUCGUCUCGAUUCAGCACACACGCCACUGCAGUCGUGGACGAGUGUGAAGCAGUCGAGAGUUCAUUUAGAUUACUGUAUUAACAAUCCAAAUGUAUGCUCUACUAAUGCUAUAACCGUAGUGCUUAUUCUUUUAAUUUCCCAACGCCCCGAAAUUCGGGGACGAACCAGGAUCCUCAGGUGGUGUCUAGCUGAGUACCACUAUGACUACGACGUGUAAUAAUAAUUUCUGGACAAAGGUCUAUGACAGGUUGCUAGAAAAUGAACAAAAAUUGUCACACCUUUCCGUGCAAAGAUUGUUCAUA